AUGUCACGAAGUUUAGGCCAACAAACAACUUCGCAGACUGCCACUGGAGGAGCUCAUCAAAUCUCCAAGUUAUUAGUUACACUUCAGCCAUCUGGAACUGCCUAUCAAACACCUCCUCAGAGCAGUGCGCAAAUUAAUUCUACUCAAAGCACAGCGUCGCAGAAUUUCAGCAAUGAAACGAUGAACCCUUGUCCUCAAGAUAGCCCCCGUACUGCUGAUCUAGCCGGUGAUUCGCCACAUAUGCCGAACAGCGGCCAAUCUGAGACUGUUGCUGAGACAGGAGAUGGUACUGUUGAGAAUCCGAUCACGUUUGAUGACCCGUCAUCAAUUUUGACACCAGCUGCGUUGUCCCAUUUUGCUGAAGAGAUGUUACGCCGCCUCAGCAAAAGAAGAUUGAAGUGUUGCUGA